AUGAAGUGCCUUCUUGCCCUCGCUUUGGUCACUAUUUGUGCCCUAUCCGUCUCAGCUAAACUUCAAAAUGUCACCGUAACCGGUGUGGCUGUUUGCCAAAAGAAGAGAUUGGCCAAUCAGCGUGUCCACCCAUUUCUGUCGGUUCAGAUGAAGUGCCUUCUUGCCCUCGCUUUGGUCGCUAUUUGUGCCCUAUCUGUCUCAGCUAAACUUCAAAAUGUUACCGUAACCGGUGUGGCUGUUUGCCAAAAGAAGAGACUAGCCAAUCAGCGUGUCCAGCUGUUUGAUAGAGAUACAUGUGAGCAGCAUUUCAAAAAUUAUGGACCCUAA